CAAAUUUUACCAAAAACCGAAGAAUAUACUUAAUAGCAUAAUCAAUGCAUUUAAAAAAAUUAUUAAUUAAUUUUAUUGAUCUCACACAAAUAAAAACUGUGACAUUACAGACAAUAUUUCUUGGAUCCACUUUUGAGUUUAUUUACACCUAUGUAGGUACCCAAAUAAUAAAUAUACGGUUUUACAAAAAACAGUUAUUUGAAUUUUGAAGAUUUAGGUACAAUGAUUUAACUUUUUUACCGAAAUACCUUUCACAAAUAGUCUAAUAGUUCAUUCGUCAUACAAAUGGCAACGUUGGAUUGUUUGUAGCUCCGAUCGGACAAUCUCUAGAGCAAUAAAUACAAAAAUCUAAAACUCCAAAACUUUCUUAGUUUCUUACUUUUAAACAUAACCUAACAAAUUAAGAAAAUCGUUUUUGAAUCUUCAGCAAAGUAUAAAUGAAAAUUAUCUACAAAAAAAAUAAUCAAUUUUCAGUUUAAAAAAUGUCUGAUUUCUCGGAGCUGCUUCAAGAAGCCGAAAAACUAUCUAACGAUUUAGAAGGCACCACAGAGCUUCCCAAAGUAGAACGUUCCCUACGACAAGUACUAGAAGCGGCAAAUGAUUUAUACACGAGAGUCGCCCAAACUGGGGCCCAAGACAUACAAGCCAACCUUUUAUUGGGCUCCAAAGGUAUAGAUUUACCUAAAAUCGCUCAAAAGCUAGAAUCGUUGAGCACCAAACGAACUUUCGAGCCAAUUCAACCCGUCGAAGACUUGGAUAUCAGUAAUAUUUUGGAGAAUGAGAUCAGGAAUAAGAUUUUGGGGGUAUUUGAUUCAGGUUAUAAUAAAAUGUUGGCUUUUACGUACGAUAUGGCCUGGGAGCACCAACAGUCCGAGUGGAAGCAGGAAAAGAGGAAAAUUUUGAACGCUAUGAGUACCAGUUCUGGUGCUGCUAUUGAAGUUGGGAAACAGUUAACUAUAACGUUCGAUCGACCCACGUUCGCUUCUGGCGCUUUGGGGCCCACAGAGACUAUUUAUGUGCAGAAAAUUAUCGAUUACAACAAGACUAUAAGCAAAGGUACUCAAAAACCGAACUUGGUGAACAUAUUUUCGAACAUCGUAGCCGACUUUAAAGACGCUAAAAUUUCCGAUAUGUGGGAAAUUAUCAAAUACAUGGUGCAAUUACCGCCAUUCCCACAAUCCGACGACCCAAUUAAGACCAGGCAUAGCAAACCUGUAGUAGAAGCUCUGGUAAAGCAAGCCAAAAGCUAUUUACAAGACAGAUACAAAACCUACAUGAAUAACAUCGUCAAUGAAGAUCUCACACACGCUGUUAGAGGCGGUAUACCAGGCACGUACCAUCUAGUACGUAGUUUCGUAGGACUCAGACUACAAGGAGAGUAUUUAGGAUUACAGGAUGGAGUUAUAGAGGACAGACCGUUGUGGCCGAUGGUCUAUUAUUGUUUAAGAUCCGGUGAUUUACCGGCUGCGAUUUUUUGUUUGAAGAGAAGCGGUCUACCCGAGUUCCAGGACGUUGUUUCCUUGUUAGAAGCAAAAUUAAAUGGAGCGGCUGCGAGUGAAUUGAGCAAAUUGGAGGAUACCAUUAAUUUUUCUUAUAGACGCAAUAUCAGGAACGAUACGGAUCCAUUCAAACGUAUCGUUUGGUCGGUGCUAGGCUGUUGCGACAUAACAGACGAACAUUCCGAAGUCGCCCGAACGGCCGACGACUAUCUCUGGCUGAAACUUAGCCUAGUCAGAGUGGAUGUAGUCAAAGAUAACUGCAUCAAAUACAAGGACUUACAACGCAUAAUACUCGAAGAGUACGGAGAAACGCAUUACAACGCUUUAAACCAACCUCACCUCUACUUCCAAAUGCUCGCUCUGACAGGCCAAUUCGAGGCCGCCUUCGAGUUCCUAUCGCGCACGGAAAAAUACAAAGUACACGGAUUCCACAUGGCUGUGGCUUUGAACGAGUUAUACAUGCUGGGAGGUCCAAACGAUGUCAGUUCUCCAUUGUUAAGCAUCGAUCCUAUGGACGAGAAGCCUUCUUGUAGAUUGAAUCUAGCUAGAUUCGUGAUGCUGUACGUCAAAAAGUUCGAAUUAACUUGCCCCAACGAAGCUUUACAGUACUUCUAUUUCUUACGUAAUUAUACCGAUUAUGAAGGAGAGAAUUUGUUUAAAAUCUGCGUGUCUUACUUAGCUGUCGAAACGAAGCAGUACGAAUCGAUUUUAGGGACAGUACAACGAAAUGGAAUCAGAACUAAAGGAUUGAUCGAUCAAUUUACCGAUGUUACAGCUGAAAGCGUGGCUCAGUUGAUAGGAGAUAAUUUGUUGAAGAAAGGAUUGUUUGAAGAAGCCAUAGAGCUGUUUGAUAUCGCCAACAAUCAAGAAGAGGUGUUGAAAUUGAUUUGCAGCAUACUCUCCAGAACGGUACACUUACAAAACGAAGCCGAUUCUCUCCGAAGCAAGAUACAAGAUAAAGCAAAUCAUUACGCUGAAAGAUACUUGCGUGAAGGAUAUAAAACAACUUCCCACAUCGUUAAUUCAUUCUUGAAACUCAAAGACUUGUUGGUGUUCUUCGAUCAGUACCACAUCAAGAAUUACAGUCAAGCUUUACGUACUCUGGAUGAUAUCGAGUUGGUACCAUUACGACCAGACGAUGUCGACGAUAGGGUGAAGAAUUUCAAGAAUCUGCAUCAGGAUGUUUGCAAAGUUGUACCAGACGUACUUUUAGCGGCGAUGAAUAUGCUGUUCGCGCAGUACCAGAAAAUCAAGGCGAAUAACGAGUACGUGCCGAGGUUUAGGGACGAGACGAGCAGUACGCAGUUGAAGUACUUGCGCGAGCAGGCCAAAUGUUUGACUAAUUUUACCGGUAUGUUGCCGUAUAGGAUGCCCGGGGAUACGAAUAGUCGGUUGGUGCAGAUGGAGAUUUUGAUGCAUUAAUUUUUGUACUUCUAUUUUUUUAUUCAUAAUAAAAUGUUCUUAAAUAUUA